AUGACUGUCAGUGUUUUCUCGGUCCCAGUAUUCUUUGUUGUAUUUCGAGAGUCUUUGGAGACAGUGGUGAUCGUUUCCGUUUUACUUGCUUUCAUCAAGCAGAGUUUGGGCGACUCUGAUAUAGAUGCGACGCUGCGCAAGAAGCUCUUUCGGCAGGUCAUAUGGGGAGCGCUGUCAGGACUUUUUGUCUGUUUAAUCAUUGGCGGUGGUUUGAUUGGGGCUUUCUAUGGAAUUGGUAAAGAUGCUUGGUCCAAUACAGAAUACUAUUGGGAGGGUUCUUUUGCAAUUGUUGCCUCCAUUAUUAUCACUUUGAUGGGAGCUGCGCUACUUCGCGUGUCGAAAAUGAAGGAAAAGUGGACUGUCAAGCUUCGUCAGCACCUAGAGCCAUCGGAAGAUACAAGAAAGCGAAGAUGGUAUGCUAGCUGGCUUGACUUCAAAAUAUGGGGCGAGAAGCACUUCAUGUUCGUCCUUCCCUUCGUCACUGUACUCAGAGAAGGACUUGAAGCCGUCGUCUUCGUGGCAGGUGUUUCCUUUUCGACACCUGCGACAAGUAUCCCACUCCCAGUCAUCAUUGGGCUCAUUGCCGGACUAGCGGCAGGAUAUGUCAUCUACAAAGGUGGCGCAACCUCGAAGCUCCAAUUCUUCUUGGUGAUAUCAACAUGUCUACUAUAUCUUGUAGCUGCCGGUCUUUUCUCCAGAGCAGUGUGGUAUUUCCAGGCACAAGACUGGAACAAUGCCACCGGAGGUGACGCAGCGGAAACUGGAGCAGGACCGGGCUCUUAUGAUAUUAGGCAAAGUGUGUGGCACGUCAACUUUGGCAACCCCGAGCUUAACGGUGGCGGUGGGUGGGGUAUUUUCAAUGCCAUUCUCGGAUGGCAAAACUCCGCAACCUAUGGCUCUGUCAUCUCGUACAACCUCUACUGGCUCGUAGUCAUUGUUGGCUUCCUCGCAAUGAGGUAUGUGGAGGUGAAAGGGCAUCUCCCAUUUGCUCCAGCUCUAAGGCCUUACCUCGCACCCGUUGCAGCUGUCAAGGGUCAUAUCGCAAACGUAAAACAACGCGCCAUUUACAAGGACAGAGAAGUCGCUUUAAGCGAUUAG